AUGAAACAACAAACAGAUCACCAAUUAAUUCCCUUGCUCGAACUGUUGGGUCUAAAGGUUGAUCUUGCUCCUCUUGCAAUGCAUACAAAACCAAUAUUAUCGAAACUAGUGACAAAUUCCGAUAUUAUGAAAGCUGUUUCAAAGAUAAAUUCGUUCGGAAAUGAUGAAUUCUCUACUAGAUCUCCACUCUUUUCCAUUUGCUUUAAAAGUGUAAAAACAUUUGAACCCACCUCAAACCACUUCACUAGACCAAAAGAAACGAUUCAGGAGAAUAUUUUGAACAAGUACGUUCAGAUAAUCGAUGUGGAUGCACAGAGGAAACAAGUCUAUUUCAAAAUUAAAACUGGAAUUGAGAAGAAUGACGGAACUGGAUUAUUUGAGAGAUAUGUAAUUAUUGGAAAAUUCGAUUCUACUAAUUAUGGAUUCAUAUUUGAUAUGAGUAAUUACACUUCUUCUCCUCCAAAGUCAAUUGAGAAAAUGUAUAAAGACAACACUCCAAAUAAUUAUAAGAAGAAGUGUAAAGCCUCUCAAAGUGGAGGAGGAACCAAAUAUCAAGACAAUAAGGAUAUUGGUAUAAAAAGAAUUGGGUAUUCUGGUUUCGUUAUUAGUAAUACAGAUCACAAGCUCAGGCUAAAGAGAGACACAAGAUGUAGGAGGGAUGUUACAUCAGAACGCAAUAUUCCUCUAUCAUUGACAACACCUGUCAACAAAACAUACGGAUUAUAUUUUACUUCAACUAAAUAUUAUAGUGGAAAGUUUGAUAUUGGCUUUUACAACUUUGAAACUACAAGGAGAGGUACAUAUGAAACUGGAACAACUUUUAAUUAUUACACAACAGAAUUGACUCAGGAUAUUUCCACUUAA